AUGGAAAGAGAACGUCCGACUAAACAACGGACUAGGUUUCAAGAAGUAGCACGCGAGCUUCCUGACGCCAAAUAUAUUCCAGAAUGUAAGUUUGAAUGUUCAGAUUGGGCUUUCUUUUAUUCAAGAAAUGUUAUAGACUCUCCUGAGACCAAACUCCCUAACGGCGGGUCAUCACACCUCGCUAUUACGAACCUAAACGAGCAGAAGGCCUCUUCCAGCAUCUCUCCGUCCGCACAAGACAUUUACAAGUGGACCAACACGGAAAAGGCAAGGGCUCCGUGCUUCAUCGGAGACGUUCUCUCGAUGAGGGAAAGCAUUGUCAAAGGACCUAAUAUCGAGUUUUAUUGGCUGGGACAUAUCCCUUGUCGAACAGUACUCAUCGUUGGCGUGGUCGUUGGAAUCCAGGACUCUCAGAAAUGGAGGCUGUACACGGUCGAUGAUUCCACAGGUGUCAUUGAAUGUAUGCUGCGCCAUCCUCAACCCUACGCCCACUUGGACCCGAAAUCUAGAUUGGAAGCAGCAAGGUUAAGUAAACUUGAGAAUGCUCCGCCCCCGCCCCCACCCAACCCUGUCACUGCUAUUGGCCACCCCGUGCGAGUCAUUGGCAAAGUCACGCAAUUCCAAGAUGAGCGACAAAUCAAAGCCAUAUCCAUCAAGCCCUGUGAAUCAACCAAUGAUCAAUGGAAACACGUUCGGACCGUCGUGGAACUUCAUAAAUCGAAAUAUGCGGUGCCCAAGCCUUUUGAGAUACCGGUCGAGACACUUUCGGACAAACUUAGAAGGUGGUCUUCAUGGAAGCGUCCAUUGCCUGCCCAUGAGCCAUCGUCGCCUCUUGCGCACAGCCUGACCUCUGCCCCUUCAAGUCUGCUCAUUCCUGGAACUAUAGUGAGUGCUGCGCUGUCUAGCACUCAUACCCAACUCAUCGGUUCGCAGGACCCGCCCAAAUUUCUCCAUCCCUCUCGACUGCGCACGGCAGAUCUGACAGACCUCACAUUUCAGUCAUACCUCAAGCAUUACAUGCAACACGCGAUUGGUAAUGUGCGUCACUGGGACAUCGGCGAAUGGCCACUCUCGACGCCUACCGAGCUUCAACCCACCGGGAUUCUGUUCGCUUCGCAUGGCCAAGCGUCUAACUCUCCAGCAUUUACACUAUCUCAUCUACGCCGGGUGCCAGAACUGGCACUUCUAGCUAGUCGAGUAGUCGAUGCUGAAACGAGACGGCGCGCUCGACCUGACGCGGAUGCAGAGAAAGUUGGCCAUACCCAGAGUUCCUCCGGUAAAACCGUCAAGACCCGUUCUCAUCCGAACACCACAGCACGUGUGAGGAUGAAGCGUCUUUUUAUGUUGGCGGUACUCCGGCUCUACAAAGAUGGCAGUGUCGUACUCUAUGACAGACCUUUGCCCCCCCCUUCCAGCUCCGUUCCAGUCUCAAGCCCGAUGUUUUCGGGGCUUUCUUCAGCCAAGUGCGUCGUUCCUGAAGAGGAUGCCUACCUCUCAGAUCCACCGAUGUAUGAGGAAGACGAGGCCUACGUUCCCGUGACACCAGCGCUCCUCGCUGCACCUGUGUGGGAAAUCAUGCGUGCAAAGGGGAUUAAGGGCAAGAGCACUGAGGUUGGAGCGGAGGACAUUACCAGGGAUUUGAGAAAGUUAGACGUGCGUUGGGCGCGAAUUACGACACGGGCUGUGGAAGAGGCUGUAGAAACAAUUGCAUUCAACUAUUGA